AUGGUCGUAUAUGGAAAGGCCAAUAAAAGGAGAAAAGGGAUUAAUUUACCCCUGGAGGUGCUGAUAUUUUCGAGCGAUGAAGAAGAACAUACUGUUAAAACUCUUGAAAGUGGAAGUAGGCUAUCACAAUUAAUGCAAGAAACCACAAUGGAAAGGCCCAUGGAAGGUGAACUACUACCUUCCGCUAGCAUAGAUAAGGGGGUUAAGAGGUCGCCCAAAAAAUCACCCAGGAAAUCGCCCAAGAAAAUAGAUGACGCGUUAGUCGAAGAUCACUUAACCAAAUCUCCAAAACGAUAUACCAAGGUAAUCGAUUCCCUUAUGAAUAGUCCGAAUAUGAGAAUAGAAUCACAUCCGGGAUCUCCAAGAAAGAGAACAGAACCGCAGAAGAAAAUAUUAGAGCUAAUUCUGCCGUCAUCGUCCCCAAAAAAGGUGAUUUCGACACCUAGGAGUGAUAUUUCGUCCCCAGGAAAAACACCAAAAUCUACGCCAAAUGAAAAAGAUGCAUGGAACGACUUAUUUGAAAAUAUCGACAGUUUUGAAUCCAAACCCGAAAAGUUAGAAGCUUAUUCUAGGAGAAAUGAGAUGAAACAAGAAAGCCAGGAAGUAAUUGGACUGGUAAUCAAUAAUAUUGAUUUAGAUGGGAUAUAUAAGUCGUUGAAUCAAGAGGUAGAAAUUGUGCCGAAGCCUGCUAUGAUUAAAUCUAAAUUAAACAGCAUGUCACUGAAACACAAGACGUAUGGUGAACAGAGAAGCUAUUUAUUGGAACAAGAAGAAGCUGAAUCAUUGGAAGAACAUCAAAUUAUAAAUAAAGAAAUGAUCAGUAAUUAUUAUGACUAUCAAGAUUCAUUUAAAGAUACUGUUAACAUAAACGAUUUGCGAAAUUUGGGCAAGAGGAAUUCAGAUAAAGAAGAGCUUGAAUAUUUAUUGGAAGGACUCAUUUUCAACGGAGGUGAAAGAAUCGAAAAUAAUAACCAAAUAUUGAUAAAUUCAUUGAUCGAUCUAAAAUGUUUUAAUAAGGAAUUUUUAAUGAGGAACUGUAAUCAAAUUGUCAGAAGACUAGAUAAGCUAUUGUUUAAAUUGACGAAAUUUACUCCUCAAAACGGUGGAGAGCUAAUAAUAUCCUUGAUCCAGCAAAACCUUAUUUGGUUUUUUAGCCAGACCUCUAAUAAGGAGGUUAUAGAUCAAGUAGGGAACGACAGCAUUGAAUUAUUAUUCGGGUCAUUUUCCUUUGAAAUAUCUAGCUUACAUGUUCUGAAUGUUACGAGAGAUAAUCUAAUUCAUUUCAUGGAUGAUAUUGGAUGGAUAGAUAUUACCGAAUUACUAAUUGACCAAGAAAGAAUAUACAACCCUAAAAUAUUUGCCAUUAUCAAAUCUUCGACUCGACCCAACUUGAAAUAUUUUGAGAAUUAUUAUCAAAGGUAUCCUACGCACAAAAUAUACGAAAUAGAGGCCCAUAUAAACAAGUCCUUUAGUAAUAUAGAGAAAUUUAAGGUCGAGGCUAAUGAGAUGAGUAUAAUGAAAAUAUUAGUGUUGGUGAGCACUAAUGGAAACCAAUACUCCAAGUCGCAUAUAGAGCCUUUGCUUAAGUUAAUUAACCAUAAUUAUGACAAUAUAAUUAACAAUACGAUGGAUGACAAUAUAAUAAAUGCGUCAUUGUUCGCAAUGGGAUAUAUAAUCAAUAUAAUUGAGGAUGAUAAGAAUAUUCUGUUGAGUAAUCUUAAUUUACUAAAUAAUUCAGAACGGAAGAUUCGGUUGAUCAAAUCAACUACGGAAAUAGUAGACCACUUAAUUGGGUACAAUAGUAUUAUUUUAAGCUUUUUUAUUUCGGAUCUCGAUCUAAAACGGUCUCACAUAAUCCAUUAUUUGAAAAAAUUUAAUCAUACCAUUAAUAACACUAUUAUAGAAGAGAAAAUAACCACCAUAAUUUCCAAGCUAUCACAUUAG